AUGCCACUGCUGCGGAAGGCGCUGCGCGUCUCCAACCGCUCCAUGCUCGCCUUCAUCUUCUUCUUCUCCUUUUCCUCAUCCUGCCUCUACUUCAUCUAUGUGGCCCCCGGGAUCGCAAACACCUAUCUCUUUAUGGUGCAAGCUCGUGGUAUAAUGUUGAGAGAAAAUGUAAAAACAAUAAGACACAUGAUAAGAUUGUACACUAACAAAAAUACUACACUGAAUGGCACAGAUUAUCCUGAAGGAAACAAUUCUAGUGACUGUGUUGCUCAAACAACAAUGUAUCUUCCAGAGAACUUCACCUACUCUCCUUACCAGCCUUGUCCAGAGAAGCUGCCUUACAUGAGAGGCCUUAUUGAUGUCAAUAUGAGUGAAAUUAGUUUUGAUGAAAUUCAGCAACUGUUUUCAAAAGAUUUAGACAUUAAACCAGGAGGACACUGGAAACCAAAUGACUGCAAGCCACGCUGGAAGGUGGCUAUCCUUAUUCCCUUUCGGAAUCGUCACGAGCACCUUCCAAUUUUUUUCCGUCAUCUGAUACCUAUGUUGCAGAAGCAGCGGCUGGAAUUCGCCUUCUAUGUUGUUGAACAGACAGGUACACAACCUUUUAAUCGUGCAAUGCUCUUUAAUGUUGGCUUCAAAGAGGCUAUGAAGGAUGCUGUCUGGGAUUGCAUAAUAUUUCAUGAUGUGGAUCACUUACCUGAAAAUGACAGAAAUUACUAUGGAUGUGGAGAAAUGCCACGCCAUUUUGCAGCAAAGCUGGACAAAUACAUGUACAUCCUUCCAUACAAUGAGUUCUUCGGUGGUGUAAGUGGCCUGACAGUGGAACAAUUCAAGAAGAUUAAUGGUUUUCCAAAUGCCUUUUGGGGAUGGGGUGGAGAAGAUGAUGAUCUUUGGAACAGGGUUCACUAUGCUGGAUACAAUGUAACAAGACCAGAAGGUGAUUUAGGGAAGUACAAAUCCAUUCCUCAUCAUCACAGGGGAGAAGUCCAGUUUUUAGGACGAUACAAACUUCUGAGGUAUUCCAGAGAACGUCAGUAUAUUGAUGGGCUGAACAAUUUAGUAUAUACUCCUAAAAUACUUGUCAGUAGGUUGUAUAAAAAUAUAACUGUUAAUCUCAUACCAGAACUCGCUCCUGUUAGAGACUAUUGA